AUGAGACUAACGAAAAUUCUGUCUGAAGUGUUAAAUGGAUUUAAUGGUGUUUUCUUCUGUUUAAUCGUAAUCCUUGGAAAUACUGUGGGUGCUGUGAAAUUGUACGAUGAGCCACGUUUACCUCUAACGUUGUUACCAUAUCAUUAUGAUCUGAAAUUGCUGACUUACCUUGAAGAUAGUCCAGAUAUGUUUCGAUAUAUAGGCAGUGUUAACAUUUCUGUACAUGCACAAACAUCUACCAAUCUUGUGGUCUUACAUGUGAGAGAUGCCAUAAUAGAAGAGCAGAAAAUUCAAAUUUGGGAUAAAAAAAAGGGAGAACUUUUUAAUAUAAGUCGAACGGAAUACAAUAGAGAAAAGGACUACUUUAUAAUUGAAGUUCACAUGCCGUUCGUGAGAGGUCGAUCAUAUGUAUUGACUCUACCAUUUCAAAAUAAACUAACGGAGGACUUUAAAAGUGGUUACUUUGUGGGAUAUAAUGAAGGGAAGAAUGAAAUGGAUCGAAGCUGGUUCUCACUUACCCAAUUUGAGCGUAACUAUAUCAGAAAUGUAUUUCCCAGUUUCGAUGAGCCCGCCCUGAGGGCCACUUUCAAUGUGACUUUGGGUCAUCACAGGCGUUUUCAAAGCUUCAGCAAUAUGCCUUUGUUAAGAAGAUUUAAUAGUAGUGAUCUUAAGGAUUAUGUAUGGUCUAUGCAUGAGGUCUCUCCCCUUAUGCCCACAUAUCUUCUUGCCUUUUCCAUUAAUAAUUUCACUUGCAUGUUCUCUACAACUUUUGGACGGGAACCUGUGGAAUUCCGCACCUGUUCACAUGUAACCCAGGUGCAGGCAUUAUCGCUUGCUUCUCUGUCUGCGCCGAAACUUUUUCAGUAUUUCGAGAAUCUCUUUCAAGUACCAUGUCCCUUGCGAGAAAUACAACAACUAGCCAUACCACAUUUGCCCAUUGCGGCCAUGGAAAAUUGGGGUCUUGUUGUCUAUUCCGAUGAAAUGAUCAUGCAAAAAAAUCAAAAAAAUUUGACAAAUCUGACACAAGGACAAACAAAGACCCUGCAAUUAGUAUCCCACGAAAUGGUGCACAUGUGGUUCGGAAAUCUCGUAACCAUAUCAUGGUGGGAUAGCCUGUGGUUGAACGAAGGUCUGGCUGGUUAUUUUGAAGCAGCGGGAGUGGAGUAUCUGCAGAUGAACUCGGGGCGAAAAAUAUUGUUUAAAUAUCGCGAAGGCUCACUAAUGAACGAAUUGAUGGAUAAACCCGUAGCAAUAAAUGCAUCGUCUGACAAAGGUCUUAUAGAAAAUAGUUCCGUUGCCUAUGUCUAUCAGAAAGUGACAACAAUUGUACGAAUGCUCAAUGCGAUGCUAGGUGAUGAAGUAUUUUAUGAAGGAUUAUACUUUUAUUUGAGCCAAUAUUCGUAUUCCAAUACGACACCCGAUCAAUUUUGGGGUAAAAUGCAAAUGGCAAGUCUCCGUAGCGGUGUAUUACCCGAUGACCAUAAAGUGAAUACAAUUAUGGACUCGUGGACCAAUCAGGCGGGUUAUCCUGUUUUGGAUGUUAUACGAAAUUAUAAUAAUAAUACAAUUUCCUUUGUACAAAAUCACUUUUCAUCCAAUGAGAGUCACAGUGAAGUUUGGUGGAUUCCCCUCACCUACACCACCCAAAGUGAACGAAACUUUUCGAGUACACGAACCAAAGCGUGGCUAAUUCAACCAUCAAUGCAUCUAAAUAUGCCUCUAUUGACUGAAGAGUGGGUUAUGUUCAAUAUACAAGCGGUGGGCUAUUAUCGCGUUAAUUAUGAUGAGCAUAAUUGGCGCUUGAUAGCCUCUGAUCUUUAUGAAAAUCACAAACGUAUCCACGUCCUAAAUCGUGCACAAAUUGUUAGCGAUUGUCUAUAUUUAUGGCAGCAGGGCCGCAUCCGUUGGCUCACGGCUGUGGAUGUCCUUAAGUACAUUAUAGAGGAAGAUGAAUAUGAGCCCUUGGUUGCUUUCGUUCUUGGUGUUACCAAUGGCUUUUGGGGCAUGUCGCCAGAUAGUUCACUUAUUAUAGCGAAAUGGCUGGGCAGUGCCGGUAAAUGGUAUGCGGAGUUCAUUAAUUAUACGUUCAAUUGGUUUGUCCUCAUUAAAAGCAAGCACUUCAGGCAGCUGCAAAUGUAGAAACGCAGAAGUCGAAGUAAAGGACGCGGUAGUAGAAGGACAAGUAACCUCAAACAAGCAACUGAAUCCUGGGGGGGGGGAAACCACAAAAUAAUGGCAGACAAGGAAACCGCCAUCAAUGAACCGCAAUUGUAUUUGUUUGCAAAUAACUGAAACGUUAUCUCUGACUAUUUAUCUUUAUCUACAAUAACGGUUGUUGCAAGGGAAAACAAGCCAAGCCAGCCCAGCCCAGACCAAAGCAGAGGCACGAGCAUGCCCAAGCAAUACAAUGCCAAAGGAAAAGGACACCGUCUUCUUGUGCCAAGGCGCCAACUGGAAUAAUGAUGCAGGCAAAAUAACCAUAAAACUGUAGAGACAGAGAGGCAAACGGACAGAGGUAAACACAGAGUGCGAAAGAGCAAGAGAUACAAUUUGAAGUCCUUUCUAAUGUUGCAGUUAGAAUCGUCGUAUAGGAAAAAUGCUGCAAAUGGCUAUGCAAUGAAGUUCCAUUUUAAAGUCACUUUCUGAGUUCAGUCCUUAAGUCUGUCAAUACGCAAAUUUUUUUGUUCAAACCUGAUCUGGUUUAUUUGAAAAUUUAAUA